AUGGCUGGCUUAAGGCCCUUAAUACCAUUGAAUCAGACUGCCUAUGAGAGAAUUCCGUCUGACGACAAAUAUCAACCAUCGGACCUCUUGGGCGCUGGGGCAUACGGUCGCGUUUUCAAGGGGACUGCACCUGAUGGUCAAGUUGUGGCCCUCAAAGAGAUAGUAAUUCCUGCAGACGAUCAAGGUAUACCAUUGAGCACGCUUCGAGAACUGGCUGUCCUCAGAAAGGUCCAGGCACACAAAUCACCGUAUCUUGUGCAAAUGUUGGAUAUAUCGUUGCGUCGGAAUGGACCUGAUUUGUCCGUUUAUAUCGUUUUUGAGUUCAUCGAUUUCGAUCUGGCUCAGUUCCUCUCUAACGUCCCACGAGAGACAGGCCUUCCGAUUGCUACCAUUCGAGAAAUGUCUGCUCAGUUGCUUAGAGGCAUUGACUUCUUGCACUCACAUCGAAUUAUCCACCGAGACAUAAAGCCGGCCAACAUUCUCAUUGACAAGGAUGGGAAACAUUUGAAAAUUACGGACUUCGGUUUGUCUCGGGUGCUUGGAUGGGAGUCACCCUUAACACCUGUUGUGGUGACCUUGUGGUAUCGAUCGCCUGAGAUCCUUCUUUUAUCUGAAUACCUUUCGCCUUGUGAUGUGUGGGCUGCUGGCUGCAUUAUUGUUGAACUAUUUAAUCUUGCCCCUAUCUUCAAUGGGAAAACAGACACUGUGGUUCUGCAAAAAAUUUUCAAUACUCUGGGGUUUCCUCCAGAAUCUGAGUGGCCGAAGAAUUCAUUUCUGAAAUGGAUAAAUUUUAAGAAAGUUGGCGAACACAGCAUUUUGCGAUCCAAAGUCAAAACGAACGAUUCUAAUGCCCUUGAACUAAUUGAGAAGUUGCUGACAUUUAAUUCAAGCAGAAGGAUCACAGCCUGUGGGGCAUUGAAACUGCCCUUCUUUACAAUCAGUUCCAAUGAGUCAUCACCAGAUUUUCGAGCUCUAAUCUCUGUGGAAACGCAAACCUCAUCAAGUUCUGUUACAUCAGCUAUUCUAACACAUUCUGUUCAGAGCAGAAGUAGUCUACGAAUAGCCAGUAAAAACGCAAUGGCUCGCCCUUUUAUACCCAGUCGGCAUUCUCUUGUCCCCGCUCUCUUCCGGUCCGCUUCUAGCUCGACUAGUAGAAGAAACCAAAACGGUGUAAGCCCCAUCGGUCCUAUAACGCGACAACGUGCUGCUGCUUUGGUAGGGGAUGCACAUCCGACGUCCUCCGCUUCUGUCCGAAGCAGUGGACGCAGACAUACGCAACCCACUCGAUCUCGCAAUCUACCUGUGUCUGCUCCGACAAUUUCAGCAUCAAAUGCGUCUGCGACCUCCGUUACAUGCACUGCUGUUUCGACGACAGGGAUUUCUGUGGACACCUCGAAUCUAUCUUUUCGUGGAAGGCAGAAGAGAACCGCAAGGAGGCGCACAGUAAUGGGAGUCGAGAAGGCGAAGCUUAAAACAGUGUGUGAGAUGUUGACAACUGCAGCUGACGAAUCGAACAGAAUUGCAUUUCGGCCCCUCACCACGACAGUCCACAUGUCUGAUGGAGAAAAGUUGAAGGCGUCCAACUCCAACGAUCUUUCAUUAGGCCAUUCUCAACCCUGCUUGUUUGUCCGUUCCCCUUCACAAUUGAAGAAUCUAUCUUCUCCGUCAACCAAACGUUCCGACACUUCCAAUCCUCGAGAAGGUACAGUAUUUUGUUCCCCACCGAAAAUGCUCAAAAUGACCACUGAGUCAGUGGCAGGAACGUCCCCAGUGCCAUCCACGUCUCUUCAGUCAGAGGCGAAUGUCAUAAGUGAUGACAGUGGGGGUCAUGUCAGCAGCCAACCACUAAGUGGCCGCUGGUCCUGUUGGCGUGAAACGACUCGCAGCAUUGCGGACUCCGCAGAGCCGCCAGAGGAUACAACUUUGGACGAGGCUGAUUUGGAUGAUGAAGGAGAAUCGAGCCGGGCGGCGAAGGCUUCCGAAGUAGCCAUGCACGCUACUGAAGGCGUCUCACAAGAACUUUUGAGCAGCAUCAAUUCCCUAUCUUCCCUUAGCGAGGUAGACUCGAGUGUGGCUCAGUCGGAGGCCGUCGUCGUCAACCGGACGCCAGAAAGUAAAAAUUAG